GAACUAACUGUAAGCUAUUCAGCUUGUAGCUGCAUAUUUAUAGAUUGAUAAUCUUUCUUCUAGCUCUAGGAAUUCCAAAGGUAAGUUUUGCUUGCACCUUUAAUCCUCAAGGAUAUAUAUAGGGAAAAGGGUAGCUUCUUGUUAUGUAACAUGGGGAGUCAGCUCUGUAUGGGAUGGAAGGAUUGAAUCAGGGUGCUCACCUUGAGUCUGAUUCUAUUCAAAGCUGUAUGGAUGAAACUAUGAGAAAUCAAGAAAUGUCAGCCAUUGACUUGGGUUAGGGAACUCAACUCUAAGCGGCUGAUCCUAACACCUCGGCCCUGAACUUAUUAGGCUUAAUCAAUCCUAUCAUAAAUGAGGCCUAAGAACCCAGUCUGUGGUGGUGGUAGAAUGGAAUGCCAGAGUGUGCACCAUCUGCCUUCCUAUUGGUCCGAUGAUGACAAACCGUCACAGCACAAGUCUCAAACGAAUCAGUUCCCAAGUGGUACUACUCUAAACGCAAACGAAAACGAAAACCAAGAGUCCUCGAAGACUUUCCUUUUCACAGGUGCCGGUCGCCAAGGCCUCUCUGAUUUCACUACAGAUACCAGUUUAUUUUUUUUGUUCUUUUCUUGUGUCUUUGUAAAUAAGUAGUACAGUAGAAGAUUUCUUAAUAGAUUUGGAAGCGGAAUGUAGGAGACUGGGACUGUUGCUUCAGCGUUUCAUCGCUGAAAAUCAAGCUCUUCGCCUCAGUUUGCAGAAGGGUAGUGCAUUUGGUGCAUCCUCAGCCAAGCAGGAGUCUGCUGUGCUCUUGUUGGAAUCCCUGCUGUUGGGUUCCCUGCUUUGGUUCCUGGGCAUCAUGUGCCCAUAUUCAAUCUGCCAAAACUGCCCAAGUCAAUAGUGGUGCCACUGCCAGGUCCAAAAGGGAAAGGUCCAGGAAGUCCGGCUCUAAAAGGGGCAGGGAAAGGGAGUAAUGUGGUAGUAGAAUCUUUUCUAAAGAGCCGGGGAUGCAAAGCUUCAAGGAUGAAGAUGAAAUUGAAAUUUCUAGGUCUCCAUGUCUCAGCAUGAAACUUGCUAGCUGGUAUUCCAUUUUAGCGCAUGGGGGAUGAGUAAGACCGUAAGAGGAUGGUGUGUGGCUGAGUUCACUUAUCCUUCUCUCCAAUAUAAAUAAUUGGUUAAAUCCUUA